GAAAACCCAAAGAACAACAUAUAAACUUUGAUAAUUGAGAAAUAUGUCCACUUUUACCAAUAUCAUUUGAUAUCAUUUAGAUUCUGAUGGUAAAAUGUCAGGAAUUACAUGUUAUACUGAAACGUUUAAAAAUUAUUUACACCUUUGUCUCUUUGGUUUACAGUCACUCCUGUCAUCAAACUCCUGGUUCAAUACUGAAGGACUGAAGAGUUUAACUUUAACACAUCUGAGGAGAAAAGUUUCAAUUACAGCAACAUGAGCCUCAACAACAGCGACACUCAUGAUGGCUAUAAUAAUGACAUCGAUUAUGAACAUUUGCUAGAUCAAAUCCGACGAUGGGUGAAUUGGAUCACCAUUGGAAUUGGACUUCCUCUAAUUCUUAUAGUGAUGAUUGCAGUUGUUUUCCAGGUGAAAAAGGGUCAAGAUGCUCCAGUCUAUGUCAUCAACCUGCUGGUCUCUGAUCUCAUUCAGCUCUGCUGCAGGAUGUCAUCAGUAGUAAAUUUAUUUCGCAUCACAUUUUAUGCUGUAUUGGUCAGUGUUGGAUUCAUGGUGUGCAUCUCUUGUGAAAGGUAUCUGGUCAUUGCCAAGCCACUGUGGUACAGAUUCAGGAGAAACAUCAAGACAUAUGUGGUGGUCUGCAGUCUGGUCUGGAUACUUCCUGUUGUUUUUCUGAUAAUGAUUUAUGUGGCUCCUGGUCUGCCAGAAGUCAUCAUCUGCACAGUUUUUCUCCUCCUGCCCUUUCCGUUGUUCAUCUUCUUCUUGGUUGGGACUAUCAAAUCUCUCUCUGGAGCGCUUCGUGUCCCAGCAGAUGAAAAACGACGAAUCGUAGCCAUUCAGGCCGUGGUGCUGCUUAAUUACACUCUGCUUUAUCUGCCCAUCAUCAUUUUGUUUCUGAGUAGUUUUAAAACCUUCCACAUUAUUAAAAAU